AAAAUUAAGCUUCUUCUGCAAACACGACCGCAAUAACACCAAAGAUGGCUUCCCGACUUCCUUCCUUUCUGAUUAUUAUUACUUUCCUGGCCUUCUCCUGCUUUCAGGUGAUGCCAUAUGGAGCUGAAGCCACUAAAAAACUGUACAUUGUGUACUUGGGAGAGAGGAAGCACGAGGACCCACACCAUGUCACAGCUUCACACCAUGACAUGCUAACUUCUCUUCUUGGGAGCAAGGAGGAAGCUUCAGCAUCUAUUGUGUACAGCUACAGGCAUGGAUUUUCGGGCUUCGCAGCUAUGCUCACAGAGUCUCAAGCAAAGCUGCUUGCAGAGUCACCUGAAGUCAUCAGUGUAAGGCCAAGUCGGAAUUAUCAGCUGCUUACAACUCGUAGCUGGAACUACCUGGGAAUGAAUUAUGUUCAUCCUACUAAGCUUCUUCGAAAGAGCAAUUUUGGAGAUGGCAUCAUCAUUGGGAUCAUUGACACAGGGAUCUGGCCGGAAUCGAAAAGCUUCAAUGAUGACGGAUAUGGCCCCAUACCAUCACGGUGGAAAGGAAAAUGCGAGGUCGGAGAGGCAUUUGACAGCAAUAAUUGCGGCAGGAAGAUCAUCGGAGCCCGAUACUACACCGCCGGGAUCGACAAGAAGAACCUCAAGUCCGAGUACCUUUCUCCCCGGGACUUCAUUGGUCACGGCACCCACACGGCCUCCAUCGCCGCCGGCUCCGUCGUGGAAAACGUGAGCUUCCAUGGUCUCGCAGCGGGAGUGGCGAGGGGAGGUGCUCCCAAGGCCCGGCUGGCCAUCUACAAGGCACUGUGGAAGACCGACCAAGGCGGCGGUGCCGGCAGCAGCGCAACAGUUCUCAAGGCCAUAGAUGACGCUAUUCAUGAUGGAGUGGAUAUCCUAUCCCUGUCGAUUAGUGUGGAAGAGGACUCGUUUGGCACGUUGCAUGCGGUGGCCCGAGGUAUCACCGUCGUAUAUGCUGCCGGGAACGCAGGACCUAUUCCUCAGACCCUGUCAAACACCGCGCCUUGGGUCAUAACAGUGGCUGCAAGCACAAUCGACCGGUCUUUUCCUACUGUGAUCACCCUUGGAGAUCAUCGGAGCUUUGUGGGCCAAUCCAUCUUCUACAACUCCACCGAAGGCACAGAGAGCAAUUUCAAAGCGCUAGCUUUUGGUGGCAGCUGCGACAAGGAGUCUUUGAAUGGUACUAACUUGGCCGGAACUAUUGUUCUGUGUGCGGUUACUUCUCUCUCAUCCGAUUUGUCUUUGUACCAAGAUGCGCUGACUGGUGUUCUGAAAGCUGGGGGAGAGGGAAUUAUUAUGGCUACAUACACAAAUAACAACCUUGAAAUGACCGAAGAAUGCAAAGGCAUCACUUGUGUUUUUGUAGAUUUCGUCAUAGGAUAUCAAAUUGGGAUGUAUAUAUACACUGAAAGCACACCUGUAGUUAGGGUGAAACGGACGCGCAAUGUCAUAGGGAAAGAAGUCUUGUCUCCAAAAGUAGCAAUAUUCUCCUCAAGAGGACCUUCUAUACUUCCUCCUGGAGUGCUCAAGCCCGAUAUCGCCGCACCAGGAGUCAGCAUCUUGGCAGCAAAAGAGAACUCCUAUAUUUUUGGCUCAGGAACCUCAAUGGCUUGCCCGCAUGUCGCAGGAGUUGCAGCCUUGCUCAAAUCCAUGCAUCCUAAUUGGUCUCAUGCUGCCAUAAAAUCAGCACUCGUCACCACUGCAUCCAUUGCUGAUGAAUAUGGCAUGCCCAUACAAGCCGAGGGAUUCCCAAGAAAAAUUGCUGACCCGUUCGACUAUGGAGGGGGUCACAUCGAUCCAAACAAAGCUGCCGACCCUGGCCUUAUAUAUGACAUCGAUCCAAAGGAUUACCACAAGUUCUUCAACUGUACUCUAAAAACAAUUGAGAUAUGUGAUACAAAAUUACGGCAUGCGUCUUACCUGAACCUCCCCUCCAUCUCCAUUCCUAAUCUCAAGAGUUCCAUGACGGUUUGGAGAACGGUCACUAAUGUGGGUAAAGUUGAUGCGGUCUAUAAAGCGAUUCCUGAACCUCCACCGGGAGUUCAGAUGGUUGUGGAACCUCCAAUCCUAGUGUUCGAUGCUGUUAACAAGACACAGACCUUCAAGAUUACCUUCGAGACGACUCGAAAGGUACAAGGCGAUUAUACAUUUGGCAGCAUGACUUGGUGGGAUGGAGGUGUUCAUUCAGUUAAGAUUCCGAUUGCAAUCCGCAUUGUAAUUCAGGACUUCUAUGCCAAUAUUGCAUAGGGUUGACAGAAGUUUUUGGUUUUGAGGGGAGGAUUGUAGUGAUCAUGAGGUGAAAUAAAUGUGUACCUCUGCUCUCGUUAUUCUAUGAAUGAAAGUCUAUUUUAUUUGCUCC